UCAGUCUAUUAUCCUUCAGCCCUUCCACAUGGCUAACAUCCUUGUGUCAUUUUUUGCAAGAACCUAACAGACAAUCUCAUCAAAGCUUAUUCGGAGACAGUAUCUGCAUUAGUCAAAGCAAAUAUAAUAGCAGGGGGUUCAUUUCGACAUGGCUGCACCAUUGAAAGUAUGCAUCGUUGGCUCGGGAAACUGGGGCUCUGCCAUUGCGAGGAUAAUCGGGAACAACGCAAAGUCCCUCCCGCGCUUCGCCAGCACUGUCAAAAUGUGGGUAUUUGAGGAAAACAUAAAUGGCAGGAAGCUGACAGACAUCAUCAAUACCGACCACGAAAAUGUCAAAUACCUCCCUGGAUACAAACUGCCAGAAAAUGUGGUGGCGGUUCCCCAGCUCAGGGAUGCUGCGGAUGGGGCCGACCUGCUGGUGUUUGUGGUGCCGCACCAGUUCAUCCGCAAGCUGUGUGACGAGAUGGUGGGCUGUGUGUCGGACAAAGCCAUGGGAAUUACGCUAAUCAAGGGUAUUGACGAGGGACCUGAGGGCCUGAAGCUGAUCUCUGACAUCAUCAGGGAGAAGAUGGGCAUUGACAUGAGCGUUCUGAUGGGGGCCAACAUCGCCAACGAGGUGGCGGCUGAGAAGUUCUGUGAAACAACCAUAGGGUCCAAGAUCAUGGAGAAUGGCCAGCUGUUCAAAGAGUUGCUUCAGACCCCUAAUUUCCGCAUCACAGUAGUGGAGGAUGCAGACACAGUGGAGCUGUGUGGAGCGCUGAAGAACAUCGUGGCGGUGGGUGCGGGUUUCUGCGACGGGCUGCAGUGCGGUGACAACACCAAGGCGGCGGUGAUCCGUCUGGGCCUGAUGGAGAUGAUCGCCUUCGCCAAGCUGUUCAGCAAGGACGCGGACAGCGUCUCCUCCGCCACCUUCCUGGAGAGCUGCGGCGUGGCCGACCUCAUCACCACCUGCUACGGCGGGCGCAACCGCAAGGUGGCCGAAGCCUUCGCCAGGACCGGGAAGAGUAUUGAAGAGCUGGAAAAGGAGAUGCUGAACGGUCAGAAGCUGCAAGGUCCUCUCACCUCCGCAGAGGUCUUCCACAUCCUCCAGCAGAAAGGACUCGUGGACAAGUUCCCACUCUUCACUGCCGUCUACCAGAUCUGUUUUGGGGGCAAGCCGGUUCGACAGAUGAUCACCUGCCUGCAGAGCCAUCCAGAACACAUGUGAGUGGCUCUGCAGAGCCAUCCAGAGUACAUGUGAGUGUCUCUACAAGCGCUCUCCAUCCAGAGCACAUGCACAUGUGAGUGGCUCUGCAAGCGCUCUCCAUCCACCCAUGACAACCUCUCGUCACUUCUGCCAUUCAUACCUCAUUUCAACUCUGCUCUCCAGCAUUGUACGCAGAUUCUCAAUGGACACUUUAACAUAUGAUGAUCACUCCGUUCUAAUUGACUGGUCGGUUUUCUGUAGUUGACAUGAAUUAAAAUCGCAUGGAGUGAUAUUUGUGUACUGCAAAGCAAAAAAAAAAGAAAAAGCAUGUGCUUUGUACAUAGAUGGAUGGGUACACCUUGUUGGGGUGAAAGUGCUUCAAUGGUCAGUUCAUAAUCAAAUAUAUUAGGUCAUUUUAGUUAUGUAGACUUCAUUUUAUAUUACUCUUCUUUUGCCAGUAUCCCUGUUCACUCCAUUCACUUGAAUCAUCGGCUCUCUUUCAAGAAGACACGUGUUCACUACCGUAGUAUGAGGAUGCUGAUUCCUCUGUCUUUCUCUGCCCCCUUGUGGACGAUAUUCUGUGCUACUUGAAAUGGGCAGAAACUUGAAAACUUGAACAGAAUAUUUUAAUCACUCCUGAGCCAAUGGGAUAUUUUUUUCUGGAUUUUUUUUUUUGUAAUGUGUAUUUAACCAGCAAGUAAUGAACUGUAUGGUGGUCAAAUAACCCUACAUAACAUUUUAACACACUACACUGCCAUUUACUCAAUAUUUCUGUAACACUUAGUUACUACGUGUAUUUUAAACUUUGUAUAAUUUGUCAGUAUUAACUAUUUUCAAGAGGUCUUACUAAUUAUCGGUAACAGUGCUAAUACAAUUUUGAUACCUUGGUUGUAUUGAAAUACACACUUGCUAUUUUUGGGGGGAAAGACUGGAACAAUAUAGGUCGUAUAAUACUUUGUGCAAUUUUUUUGCUGACCAUCAGCAUUAUAUCGGUGCACUUAUCGGGACGUUAGUUUUCUGUUUCUUUAAUGGUCAGUUGAAAUGGCUGCUUUUCCCUUUAGGAAAUUUCGCCUUCGAAAAGCAGCGAUGCCUUUUGAUCUCGGACGCCCAAAGCAUUACCCAAAGGGAAUUGUGAACGGCCCUGAGAUCACUUGAAAAGAAGUAGUUGUAUUGUGUGUGCAUGUGUGUGUGUGAGAGAAAGGUGACUGUGAGAUACCACAUUGAAAAUUUAUCCGGCUGCUUUACUGGUCAGAUUUCACGAACACCCUCAGCAAGUAUUCCAAAUACCACAAACAAUUCUACUGCAAGAAAUUAAGUGCAUUAGAACCAUGAGUGUUUUAUAGAGCACACAAAGACAUUCUCUUCUAAAUGUUCAUUGUUGACAACCAAAUAUCAAGACAAUUAAGCACUUAUUUGUGACGCUUUGUAAAACUCAUGUAUGUACAAGUAUUGUUCUUCGACCAUACAGUGUGGUUAUGUGUCAUUGUCUCCAGUCAUCAAUUUAAGCAGUCCAUUGUGUCAUUCCCCAUAUCUAAAUGCAGCCAAAUGCAUACCUCUCCAGGGCAGCUUAUAUUUACUAGUCAAGUAUUUUAAAAACCACUGUUCAUUCCAACACAGCAUUCUCCUGCUUGCUCUGCUCCGCAACAUAUCGGACACUUUUAUUUUCUGUGCUCUAUAAAGCUUCCAGUCAGCUGUUUGUUAAUGCAUUUGUAUUUUAGUUCACAUUACGUUGCCUUUGUUACAUGCAAUAUUUUACACAUCACAUGUUUCUCCACGCCAUCCUGGUCUCAUUUCCCACUAUCUACUGUCUGUGUGUCUGUCUGUCUGUGAGGAUGGAAAGUCUGUCAUGUGAAAAAUGUGGAAAAAAACUAUAAAUGAAUAAAGAGCUCUGUCCUUCCACACUGA